CGCCCCACGGUGCCUCGGAUAACCUAACCACGAAGCCACAUGGCGCGCGUGGUAACCGCGUGAAGGUACAUCGCGCAAUCACUUUCGCGGCGAAUGCGGCUUCUCAGGCGCGGUUUGCAUCAUAUCGCGUGUAGGGUCGCGGCGUACCGCGUGUCCAGCGACGUUCCGCUCGCGAGGCCACCUGUCAGAGGCGUCGCGGCCACCGCCAGUCUUCUCGAUUUCAGCCGGUGGGGCACUAGGAAGGCGAACAGGAACCUGAAGAUCGCCCUCGCGCUCGACAUGACGGAUCCCAAGAUCGAGGAAGUCCUGGCGCCGCUCCGGGCGAGCGUCAAGGAACAAGGCGACUAUGUGCGGAAGCUGAAAUCUGACGGCGCUCCAGAAUUGGAUAUCAAGAAAGCUGUGGCGGAACUGAAGCUACGCAAGAAGAUACUCGAGGACAAGGAGCUGUCUCUAGCUUCCAACAACAUAACGUUCGACAGAGCGAGGAUGGAGGAUCUCCUGAAGCGUAGAUUCUUCCUGGAUCAGUCCUUCGCGAUUUACGGUGGUGUUACCGGUCAGUAUGACUUCGGACCCAUGGGCUGCUCGUUGAAGACAAAUCUGUUAAACGCCUGGAGGAAUUUCUUCGUGCUGGAGGAACAGAUGCUGGAGGUCGAUUGCUCCAUUCUGACGCCCGAGCCAGUGCUGAAGGCGUCCGGCCACGUGGAGCGGUUCGCCGAUCUGAUGGUGAAGGACGUGAAGACCGGCGAGUGCUUCCGGCUGGAUCACCUGAUCAAGGCGCACCUGGAGAAGGUAAUUUGCGACAAGAAAACGAGCGAGCAGACGCGCGAGGAGUGCAGGGAUAUCAUCAUCAAGCUGGACGGUAUGACGAAGGACGAGAUGGCCGCGGUGUUGUCCAAGUACAAUAUGAAAUCCCCGAUUUCCGGCAACGACCUGACGGAACCGAUCGAAUUCAACCUGAUGUUCGGCACUCAGAUCGGACCGACGGGGCUCGUCAAGGGCUUCUUGAGACCGGAGACGGCCCAGGGUAUCUUCGUCAACUUCAAGCGGUUGCUGGCGUUCAAUCAGGAACGACUGCCGUUCGCCGCGGCGCAGAUCGGUAACGCCUUCAGAAAUGAGAUCUCGCCGCGAUCCGGACUCAUACGCGUGCGAGAGUUCACCAUGGCGGAGAUCGAACACUUCUGCGACCCGAACGACAAGAACCAUCCCAAGUUCGAGACGGUCAGAGACAUAAAUAUGCUACUGUACUCGGCCUGCAACCAGAUGGAUGGCAGAAGCGCGCAGCGCCUCACCAUAGGCGAGGCCGUCUCGUCCGGCCUGGUGGCGAACGAGACGCUGGGCUAUUUCAUGGCCAGGAUCCAUCAGUUCCUGCUGAAAGUCGGCGUCGAUCCGAACCGCCUGCGUUUCCGUCAGCACAUGAGUAACGAGAUGGCGCAUUACGCCUGCGACUGCUGGGACGCCGAGUGCCUGACGUCUUACGGGUGGAUCGAGUGCGUGGGGUGCGCCGACCGGUCCGCCUAUGACUUGACGCAGCACACCAAGGCCACCGGCGUCAAGUUGGUGGCCGAGAAGAAGCUGCCCGCUCCGAAAACAGUGGACGUUUGCGGGAUCGUGCCGAACAAGGUGUUGAUCGGCAAAACCUUCAAGAAGGACAGCAAGGCAGUGCAAGACACGCUGGCGGCAUUAAGUGAGAAGAAGAUCACGCCCUUGGAGAGAGCUCUCAACGAGACCGGGGAAUACGAGCUGACACUGCCCAACGACGUCGCCGUAAAGAUCACCAGGGACAUGAUAGAAGUCAAACGCUACCAGAAGACCGUUCACGUGGAAGAGAUUGUACCCUCGGUGGUCGAGCCUUCCUUCGGCGUCGGUCGUAUCAUGUAUGCCCUGUUCGAGCAUAAUUUCAAGGCGAGAGAAGGCGACGAGAAGAGAACGUAUUUCGCCCUACCGCCAGUAGUAGCGCCGUUGAAAUGCUCGGUGCUACCGCUCAGUGGAAAUGAUGAGUUUGUGCCGUUUGUAAGGAAAUUGUCGCAAGAUCUUACGAGAGCGGAUGUCUCGCAUAAGGUGGACGAUUCUUCCGGUAGCAUAGGACGCAGAUAUGCCCGCACCGACGAGAUAGCGAUACCAUUCGGUAUUACCAUCGACUUCGACACUUUGAAGACGCCGCAUAGUGCAACGCUCAGGGAUAGAGACAGCAUGGGACAAGUCCGGAUAAACUUGGACGAGUUACCUGGCGUUGUGAGGGAUCUUUCCUACGGAAGGACUACAUGGGAGGAAGUGGAGGCAAAGUAUCCCAAGUUUGAACAACAGGAAUCUUCAGAACCAUAGGGAACUUAGAUAGGCUCGGGAAUAAUUUAUUUGUACUAUAUAGAGCUGUAUUUUGAAUGGCGUCUAUACAAAGUUUUUAUAUAUUCAGCAUAUCGAGGUGCCUAUCAGAAAGCGUACUGCUAAUUUUUGCAAGAUCAGUUCAAGCAUUAGUCAAGAUUCAACAUUACGAUUCUCUACAGAUACUGGAAGUUUAUAUACUAUGUACUUAUGUAUUUAUUCAGGAAACAACGUAAAUUUUGUGAACCCGCAGGUAAGAUUUUGCAUUGUUAACAAUUGCAUUUGUUAAUCAUUCCUUUGAUUUAUUGACGUUACAAUCCAAUCACUGGCAUUUUUUGAAAGCAUUUACUUAUUAAAAAGUUUUUAUAAACACCGUAAAAAAUAUAGAUCUGUUCCUUCAUGA